UCCAAAAAUGUACACGUGCUCUUACUAUAGAAAUGUACAAGUAUUCGAGUGUACGUGUAUACGUACAGUGUACACUGUACAGCUGUGUGGCACGCUGACGUCAGCGCGUGGACGCCGCGCUGUAGGCGGCAUUGAUCCGCUGCGCCGCGCGCCGCGUCCCUAGUUACACCCAACCGUUGCCACGCGAACGUCGUGUUAAGCGUCGCGUCGCGCGUCCACACAAAAUGGCGAAAUUCGAUAAAGAAAAAGACGAGUUACUUAUAGAGUCAGUACAAUCUUAUAACGCGCUAUACAACAAAAGUGAUAAGGACCAUAAAAACUAUAUUCAUAAACACAAAUGUUGGGAAAAAGUUAGUGAUGUAGUCGGAAUGCCAAUUCCAGAAUGCAAAAAGCGGUGGAAGAGCCUUCGGGAUCAGUACAAUAAAAAGCUGAAAGAAAUGGCCGGACCCUGUUCAUCGAAGGCUACUGCUACCUGGGAUUACAUGAACCUGAUGUCCUUCUUAUCAGAACAAGCUCCCCAGAGAGGAGAGGUGGUAUACUGUUGGAAUAAUAAUGGCAGCGAUUCUGAAUGCGACAAUUCUCAGUCAGGGAUUUCUAACUCGGAGGUCAAUACUGGAGGGAUUGGUGAAUGCGAAAUUAAUUCCAAAAAAAGAAAGACGGUACAUGAAAACGUUGAUAACCCUCUUCAGGUUCCGUCGACAUCAAAAAAACGGAAUGUGAAUCAAUUGCAAGACACGAUAGAGAAACAGGAGAGUCAGAGACUGAAUUUGCUGGAAACCUUAGUACAUAAUACAACAACGCAAUCGCAAAAUCACGUUCAACCACAGUCGGCGAUCAAAAAGUUUUUCGAAUCCAUGGCUGAAGUAGUGGAAUCUUUUCCUCCGCGAGAACAAGCCAUCAUCAGAGCUAAAGUCUGUAGAUUAGUUUCGGACACAGAGAUAAAACUGUCUUCAUCAAUAACUCUUAAAAGUGAAGAUGCUUGGGAUAGUGAUUAAUUUGAGUGGAGACUCAUAACACGAUGGUUUGACUUAAGUCCUUAAAAGAGGAAAAAAUACCUGAUAAGAGAGUCUUGCCUUACUAUGGUAGUAAGUUUUUCUUUGGGUGGCAGAGAAAAUUGUCCUCACUGAUUUGAACAAAGGAAAACUUAAUGAUGGCAAUUUAAAUAUUAUUCAUGAAAAAGGUGUACAAUUUUUUUUCAGUUGUAAAUAAUUAAUUUACGAUAGUGUUUAGAAUUAAGUUAAAUUAGAUUUUGUAUGCUCGUUUCUGUAUAAAAAUCUAGAAAGGUUUUUGUCUUUAUAAAUCAGCGGUCUUCCCAUACCUCUUUAAGCCAAACAAGUGUACGUCAAAAGAGGUAAACGCAUUUGCGAUUUGUCAAUUGAUGUUAUAUACGGUACGUCGUCAUAUUUAUCCGAGGCGUCCAUGGGGCCUUCUACAACCGUUUUAUGCAAGACUGAAAUAGUCCUGAAAGAAGCCAUUCUACUGUUUCACUUCCACACUGCUAUAGAAUAAGUUUAAGAGGCGGAGGUACCUCUCAAAUCGCUGAAACUGAGAGUCUGACAUUCGAAAGACGAUCUUUUAAAUUACAUUGAAGACGGAUAUUAUGUGUUCACAUUGAAGAUGACUUAAGUAGCAGGUAGAAUUUUCUCUUCAGCCAGAGUCGUGCAGAGCAUGUGCGAGCGAUGUGGCUCUGGCUUAAGCAGAAGUGACUCACAUUUCGUAUAAUCUUCCAUUUGUACUGGAAAUAAAAUACAUUUUGCCAUAACGCUUACUCAUAGCUUAAGACAAUGUAAGAAGACCCAAUAUGCAGUUAAUGUUUAAGCAGUAAUUUCCGAGGCAGUCGUGUCAGAGGGCGGGCUGCGCAGGCGCCGGUGCAGAUUGUACGAAUGUAAUGCCGACGUCGUACGAUGUAGAUAGUUGUUGGAUACUCUCUCUAAGGCUGAUAUUGAUAUUUUUACUUAAACUUAGUAAAAAUAAUUUGCUAAGCUUAUGAAAAUCGAGAAUUAUCAUGUAUUAUAGUUCUGUAUGUUAUUUAUCUUAUGUAAAAUAAGAAGAUGCUCAAAAGUCAAUUAAAUACUUGUUUGUUGCAUAUAAUAUUUAAACGUUACAUGUAAUUGUUUAAUUUGUAAAUAUUUUUAAGUAGUUGCAUAUAGAUUUGUAUUAGAUUAUGCUUAGUUAAAUCUUUAUUUGUUAUACGUUAUUUGUCCUGUUUGCAUAAUUGGUUGUAAUAUAAACUGCUGUAUACAGCGUAAGUCUAUAGGAAAAUACAAAAUACACAUAUUAUUAUUUUAAUCUAAACAGCAUUAAAAAGCAAUCCCACAAAUUAAGCAAAUCCAAUCGAUCGUAUAUUAAAUCACGCAAUUACUUUAAUGCGCGCAACUAUUCACGCGAUUUUCUCUGCUUUUACUCGCAGUAAAAUCGACAUUUAAUACAGCGAGAUUGCUCUGUACAGUCAGGUCAAUAAUUCAGAGCGCGCGUUAAAUAAAUUAAAAUGUUUAACGAGGUGCGGCUCGGUGUCACUUCCCACCUGUGACACGUAAUUUGUCCUCUGGACACGCGAGGAUAACUACUGGGCACUCAGAAUGAAGAUGGGUGACUUCACGCACUGCCUAUCUGAUUCCACGCUUCGUUUUUGUUUCGAUUUGAAAGUGAAGGAUCUAGGAUCUUGUAUCAUGUUACUUUGCAUGGGCCACGAAAUCGUUAAAUGUUUGAAGCAGCUUAUGUUAUUCAUAUGUGACCAAAAUUAUACUCUGAAGCGCUAAACAUAUAAUGAUGAGUCCCCCUGACUUUAUCUUCGUCCAAAACAGGAACACGAAUACAGACUAGCUUUGUAAUUAGUUAUUCUUGAAACAGGAUCAUACAUUUUUGCCAGAUAUGCCAAAACAGUUUCCGAUUGUACCAAAAGUUAUACGAUGAUAUACAACCAACCUAUUUAUCUUCCACUAAACGUAGGGAAGUGGUAAAAAACAAUUUAUAUACAGCAUAAAUAAUUGAUUAAAUAAUUAGUAUUCAAAGUACGUUGUUUCCAUUCACUGGGUUGUUCUGAAACCACUUAACGCUCCGCUGUAUGUGAUCUGUAAACAUUUACAUAUUUGAAUUGAAUUGUACGUACCAAUCAUUUGGGAGAUGACAUACUCAGAUAACAAUGCGACUUUCUUUGUUUUUAUCGAGUUUGAAUACGGUUGGGGUUUCGAAAGUAGAGACUAUACCUAUGAAUUUGUCUUAAAAGUGCCUUGUAUUAUCUUAGGGAUUGUAUGAAUGUGAUGGAAAGAGGUUUGUAUCGUGUGUAAGCCGAAUAAACGCAAACUAAAGUUUGUAUGAUUUCUUAAGAUAAUUAUUGAGCCUCUGCGUUGGUUAAGCAGAAGUCUAUUUCAUGAUAUCCCUUGUCAUUCCACUCCAUUUUAACAAUUAUCUUAAAAUUUUGCGUGAAAUUCAAACUGCGAGAAAACAUAAAGUACAAAAUCUUACCAACUUGACUACUUUAUACCAACACGUACGAGUAUAUCCCAAUAAUUUACAUAAUGAUAUUCGUGUGGUAGCUCCUAAUUUAAUGAUGAAAGAUAAUAAUUUACCGGCGGCGGCCAUUAGCGCCGCGUGCAAUCACACCUGUGAGGAGUUAUGAUCUCGCUCCACACAUUCUACAUGUCCACCGGCCAGUCAUACGAUACUUUACUGGCUCACCGAGCCGUGUUUUAUUGACCACUGUAUGUAUUAUAUGUGAUUUAAGAUUUGUUUUUGAGUGGAGGUCUUAGGAAUCUAGUAGUUUGAGGAUGUUGGUAAGUAUUGCUGAAAGUCUUUGUUAACAGGGCAUUUGUAGAAUUAUUGGUGGGUGGUUAAAACAUUAAGACAGACUGUGUGGUGUUUCUAAGACUCUUCCAUAGUAGUUUAUUUUUAUUUUGUUUUGGCACUAUUUAUUGUUCAGAUAGCGAUUUUAAUCUCGAGUUUAAACUGGACAUCUAUUUUUUAAUUUAUUUUCCACUAAUUUCGAAAGGCAAAAAAAUGUUCGUUGGUAUAUUUACCCGAAAUAGCUUAUUCUCAUCUUAGUUUUGGCGGUCGAGGACGCAUGGUUUUUUCCAUAGUGACUGGUUUGUGCAAAAACAACGCGCGGAAUUCAUCGCUGGAGGCUUCGAGUUCCGCGUUUGGCUGCCGGCACCGAGAGCCAAAGGCCGAAUGCCGAAUGCCGACUGCCGACACACUCUAUCUAUCCAGAUUCCUGCGGAAUUUCCUGCUAUCUUAGGAAUCGUUAGAGGUUGUUCGCUCGCCGUGUUCUUCUUAUUUAAUUAAUAAUUCCUAAUGCUAAUAAUUCUUAUUUUUUUUUAUCUUAAUUAACCUUAGUCACCAAUUUCCAGUUUCCAGCAAUAAAGGAACCCUCCUUAUAACUAUGCUUCUGAAUAAAAAUCUUUCAUAUGAUAAAAAAGUGUGGAAAAAAGUGGAACUGACCGAAUUUCUUUAGUCAACUGUGGAUGUAUGACAAAAAAUUACUUUCAGUAAAACACGAGCAAAGUUUUAAGUAUAAAUUUAGAGUUAAUUUCUAAUCACAUUUACGUACUCUCAAAGUAAAUUAGCAACUCGCAAGUCGAAAUUAAACCAUGGGGAUUAUUUUUCUCUAUGAGGUGAACUUUUUGGCGAAUUAUGCAACAUAUCAUUUUGACAUUGCAUCAUCCACUGGAAUAGGUAUUGUCAGUUUCCUCCGACCUACUGGAAAAGCCAAAACACCAGUUACUAAAUACCCAUUCUACAUCCGGAUCCCGAAUUUGGCGACAUAAUAGUUGGCAAUACAAGCGGCGCGACCGACCGGCCGUCCGCCGCAGGAAUGUUGCUAGCCUGCAUUAAUUCCACCAUGAUUUAUUUGGAGCGGGCCUUAUCCACCUUUUUGCUGUGACAAAACGAUCGAAUCGACAACUUUAUUUAUUUCGUAAAUUAAAUAGUAGAAGUCUUUGAGUUCUUAAGUUAUUGACUAUAAAGCAAAGAUCGGUUUUGGAUGCUUACAACCUACCUACAUUUCCACUGUUUUGUAAUAAUCAUAUCCUAAACAUAAAAAUAGGCGGUUUAGAUUUAAUAUUUGUAGUAUGAUAUAGGGAUAAGCAAUAAAAAUAGUAAAAGAAGUGUAUCUCGUGGAUUUUCGACGUAUGUUGCUCAGUAAUCAAAUAUUUUGUUGUAGGAUGUGCAUUGUCCUACAUUUUAAUGAUUACUUCUUUUUCAUUAAAAUCUUUUACAAGAAAGUCGCAUCUUUUAAGCAAAUUAAAUUAACUUGCAUAGUGCUGUUAAUCGACGUAACUAAGCGCCUACAAAAAAGCGCCGAGCAAUCAUUUCAAUUUGCAUAUUUCAUCGAAUAAUUUACGAUAUUGUUUCGCCUUUACAAUGUUGCUACGCGUAAGUUAAUGUAAAAUAAAUACUUAUGGGGUAUCAUUACAGGACCGUUGUCUAAAACAACUAUUCUAUUUUAUUUUUAUAAUAAUUUUAAUUACCAUCUUAAUUCUUUAACACCCGUAUUCUGAUUAAAUUAAAAACACUUCAUUGCUUUUUGUCCAGUUUUUUUAAUGAAACUUAAUUACUGUAAGUUGCAAAAAAUCAUUUGAAAAGCACAAUGGUCGUCUAAGGGCAUAAACUGCGUUACGCGUGUGUACGCACGUGAGCACGUCGCGGGCCACGCUUCUGGUGCACGCACGUGAG